AUGUUUUCGAAAAAAUAAUCAGCUCUUUUUAAGGUGCAUCUAUCAAUGAUAAUAUUACUAAUAUUUCAUUUCAUAAGAUAACUGACAUCGUAUUAUUAUUGUAUGGAUCAAUUUAUAAUAUUUUUGAUGUCAAAUUGCUUAUUCCAAAUGGCAUCAGAAGUCUUAUAAUUUAACAAGAAAUUUUGCUCAAAGAAUGUAUAAUUUGUAUUCAUAUUGAUUAAUAUUUUUCUCUUUUAGAUAGAAUCAAUUAAAUAUGGCUUUGAAAAUGUCAAUACUAAUUCAUUAUUUAUUAUUUUAAUAUUCUUACUGGAAGUCUGUUAAAAUUAAAAUACUGGAAAAAAAAUUAACAAAUGA